UCAGAGAUCAUGUAACAGUUUUGCCGAUAGGAUUGAAAACGAGGCUCCGGUUGCCGUAAGUUACCAAACAUCUGUCUUGUAUAUUUGGCGGUACAGAUUCGUAAAGAAGUCGUGAACAGUUUUUUGCAAGGAAUUGAGAAACUAUUGACACAUUUUCCACCAUGGCAUCUCUACGGCGCGGUAUGGACCAGGCGUACCAGGACCGCAUGCGGACGGAGAACCGGCGCCAGGAGGAGCUGAGGGAGGACCGGAUGAAGAUGCUGUCCCAGGAUCGGCUCCUGGCGGCCAACAUGGCUAGCGACGAGCGCGUGGAGAACAAACGCUUCAUCCGGCGCCUACAGCAGCAGCAGACGGAGAGGGAGAUGGAGGAAUCACUCGCUAAGGCGGAGGAGUCUCGUAAACUCCGGGAGCAGCAGAUGGAGCAGGAGGAGCGUCUGGCGAGGGAGAUGGAGCGGAUCAAACUGGAGACCAUGAGAGACGAGAAGAUGAGACAACAGAUCAGGGAGAGCAGUUUGGAGCUGCGUGAGUUAGAACAGAAGCUAAAGGCUGGGUACCUGAACAAGGAGAGGGCUGCACAACUGGCCGAGAAGGAAGCCAUCAAGUACGAUAAAAUGUCUCGAGAGGCCGAGAUUGCCCGGCUGAUGAAGGAGGAGUCGGAGCGAGCGUCCCAGCUGGAGCUGGAGCAGGAGGAGGCUCGGUACCUGGAGAAGAUCCGCUAUCAGCAGGAGCUGGAGAGGCAGCUGGAGGACCAGGAGCAGAAGAAACAACAGGCCUACGAGGAGUUCCUCAAGGAGAAGCUGAUGAUCGAUGAGAUAGUGCGUAAGAUCUACGAGGAGGACCAGCGGGAGAUGGAGAUGAAGCUGGAGAAGCAGCGCGCCACGCAGCGCUUCAUCGAAGAGUUCAAGACCAAACGGGAGGACUGGAAACGGCUGGAGCGCGAGAGAAUGGAGGAGGAGAACAGGAGAAUCCUGGAGUUUGCCUCGGUUCAGCAGGCACGUGAAGAACAGCGUAUGGCGGAGAUGAAAGAACGAGAGGAAGCCAAGGCCAAAGUUCAGUCUGAGCUUGCGAAGAAGGUAGCUGCAGCAAAGGAGGAACAGGAAGAGAUGGAGCGGAUCCGGAUGGAGCUGUACCUGGAGGAGCAGGAGGAGGCGGAGAGACAGAAGGAGAUGGACGAGUUUGAGCGCCGCAUCAGACAGAGGCUGGAGCUGCAGAAAACUCACCGGGAACAGCUGGAGUACAAGAGACUCCGACAGGAGGCGGAGAGAGAGGAGGAGGAAGAGUUCCGUCAGCAGAUGCUGUCCAAGUUUGCGGAGGACGACAGAAUCGAGCAGAUGAACGCGCAGAAGAGACGCAUGAAGCAGCUGGAGCACAAACGUGCCGUGGAGAAACUCAUCGAAGACAGGAGGAAACAAUUCGCCGACGAUAGGGAGCGUGAGUUGGCUGCGCGUAUGGAGGAGGAGCAGGCCCAAGCCUUCCGGCGCCAGAUUAUCGAGGAGGAGCGACAGAAACUGCUCCGGGAGCACGCAGAGAGGCUGCUGGGAUACCUGCCAAAGGGCGUGCUUAGAGACGAGGGAGAUCUCAACAUGUUUGACGAGAAGUUCAGAAAGGCGUACACCGAGAGACAGAUAGAUCCAUACGCAGACAUGUGGGAGUGAGGGCAGUUCAUGGAAUAGCCAUAGUUUCUUUCCAUUAAAGAGGAUAUGAUAAGUUUAUAAUGUCACUAAUGAGGACAUGCAAAUUUCCACAACACUCAUGUGUCCUCUUGGCUUGUAUUGGCAAAUGCACAGAUAAAAAUGAUAGUCUACAGUCAUACUGUACAGAUAUUACAAAUACAAAAUGUACAUUACUGUACAAUGUAUUUUAAGAUAGGCCAACUUUAAGAUAACCGAGAUUGACAAGUAUCUCUGCACAUGUAACAAGAUUAAAGUAGACAUCUACGCAAGAUCCUGUGUACAUUCCAAUAUCAAAUAUGCCUUUUCUUUAAAAAAGUUGUAUAGAAUUGUGUAGAAAUUCAUAAUUUGGCGCAAGUUCACCUUCUUCAACAGUAUACUAGUAUCCUAUAUCAGUUGUGUUCGAAAACAGGGUAUUUAGUAAUAUUGACUGACUGUAAAAUAGUGCAGUUUAAAACCACUGUUCAUUGACUUGAUACCCCUGAAUUUUAAAUACAAUGGAUAUCGUUUAAAAACAAUGGAUAUACCGUCUAAAAACAAUGGGUAUACCAUUAGGUUACCCCAGAGAUAAAGGUGAACUAGACUCCAUACAUACUGCUAUUUGUGUUUAAUUUCUGAGUGUAAACAUGUACAGAUGUUACCGAGAAUAUAGCAAUGUAUUUGGUGAUUUCACAGGCCUUUUGCUGUAGAAAGAUUUCAUGAUUAUAUUUUAUCUCUAAACACCCAAAGUUAAUAUUGCAAACUGUUAUAAAAGUUAGCAACUAACUGUAGAAAAUUGUAAAACACAAAAGAUAGUACCUUUCUGUUAAUAAGGGGCAAAGUCUGUGUUGUAUUAUCCUGUAUAUGUUGGACUGGCUGCGUUUGUAAAUAUUUUCUGCAAUCCUUGGAGGAAAAUUGCACCAGUACAUUUUGGUACUCGGUUUAUUACAUACCUCUAGUCAUGACCAUGGAAUCUGAAUAAAGAUUUAUGUUUAAAGGCUGUU